AUGAAUAUAGUUGAGAAGGAAGCGAUUAAUGCAGACAAUAGUUACUAUCAUCAAACCAGAGUCAAAAACAAUAAAGAAGUACUGAUCACAUACCUACUUUCCUAUAUUCAAGUAACCCCAACAAUGAAUAAGAAAGGCUUCUUACCAGUAACUUCUACUGUGAAAGUUUUUACUUCAAAGCCUCAACAGAAGAAAAGCUCUAUAUCCGAGGCUUUGAAUAUCUAUCAUAUUUCUGAAGAAAUAACCAAAAGCAAUGGAAUUUGCUCUAAAGUUGUUUGGGAAAACAUAGCCAAGGAAUAUUUAAAA